UGUUCCUCUGCAACUAGCAGAGGAACAAUGUUAAUAAUAGCUCACCUCCUAUUAUCCUGCCCAAAGGUCCACGGAGACGGUGACUCGGGGAAGCUGGUGAAGAUUUGGAGUAGCAACUGUGAGGGCUGGACCUGACCACAGAAUGAGAGAAACCUUGAAAAGAGCAUCGAAGACUGAACCAGAGAAUGAGAAAAACAUUGAGGAAAUGAAUCAAAGUCUCAGUUAAUGCUGAGACCGUGAAUUUGAAGUAACUUAAAUCCACAGAAGUGAGCGAAUUCUUCCAGAAGCUUCCAACUGGUGCUGGAGGAGAGGAAGCUGCCAGAGCCGCCACAUCAUGAACAGCACCCCAAGGGAUGCCCAGGCCCCGCGCCACCGUGAGUGCCUCCUGCCCUCUGUGGCUCGCACCCCCUCAGUCACCAAGGUCACACCAGCCAAGAAGAUCACCUUCCUCAAGCGAGGGGAUCCGCAGUUUGCUGGGGUCCGCCUGGCCGUUCACCAGCGCGCCUUUAAGACCUUCAGCGCCCUCAUGGACGAGCUCUCCCAGCGUGUGCCUCUCUCCUUUGGGGUGCGCUCCGUCACCACACCCCGGGGCCUGCACAGCCUCAGCGCCCUGGAGCAGCUGGAAGAUGGUGGCUGCUACUUCUGCUCUGAUAAGAAACCCCCCAAGACCCCCAGUGGGCCAGGCCGGCCACAGGGGAGAAGCCCCACUGCUCAGCAGCUGCGGGAUAUCGAAGGCCGGCGUGAAGCCCCAGGAACCUCCUCCUCCCGGAAGAGUCUUAAAACCCCCCGGAGGAUACUGCUGGUUAAGAACAUGGACCCACGCCUCCAGCAGACAGUGGUUCUCAGUCACAGAAAUACUAGGAACCUGGCCGCCUUUCUCAGCAAAGCCUCAGAUCUCCUGCGCUUUCCUGUGAAGCAGCUGUACACGACCAGUGGGAAAAAGGUGGACUCGCUGCAGGCCCUGCUGCACAGCCCUUCUGUGCUGGUGUGUGCCGGGCAUGAGGCCUUCAGACCCCCAGCCAUGGAAAAUGCCAGGAGAAGUGAAGCUGAAACUUUAUCUGGGCUGACUUCAAGAAACAAAAACAGGAGCUGGGGGCCAAAGACCAAGCUGAGUGUCAUCCAUUCGCGGUCCCGGCCAGGCAGCAGGCCACAGCUGCCAGAGAGGCCUGUUCCUAGCAACCCCCCGGUGGGCCCUGCUCCUGACAGGCACCCUCAGGACACACCAGCGCAGCCAGGCCCGCUGGUGGCCGGCGAUGACAUGAAGAAGAAGGUCCGCAUGAAUGAGGAUGGCAGCCUGUCCGUGGAGAUGAAAGUCCGCUUCCACCUGGUCGGCGAAGACACACUCCUGUGGUCCCGGAGGAUGGGCAGGGCCAGCGCCCUCACAGCAGCCAGCGGGGAAGACCCCAUUCUGGGGGAGGUGGACCCCCUCUGCUGCGUGUGGGAGGGCUACCCUUGGGGCUUCUCGGACCCUGGGGUAUGGGGACCCCGGCCCUGUAGGGUGGGAUGCGGGGAAGCCUUUGGCCGAGGUGGGCAGCCAGGGCCCAAGUAUGAAAUCUGGACGAAUCCCCUGCAUGCCUCCCAGGGAGAGAGAGUGGCGACUCGGAAGAGGUGGGGGCUGGCCCAGCACGUCCGCUGCAGUGGCCUGUGGGGCCACAGGGCUGCCGGGAGGGAGAGAUGCAGCCAGGACAGUGCCAGCCCAGCCUCCAGCACCGGCCACCCCGAGGGCUCGGAGCCAGACUCCUCCUGCUGCCCUAGGACCCCGGAAGAUGGGGUGGACAGCGGCAGCCCCUCUGCCCAGAGAAGGGCUGAGCGGGAAGCUGGAGGGAGCCUGGGUGAGGACCCCAGCCUGUGCACAGAUGGAGCCGGGCUGGGCAGCCCAGAGCAAGGCGGCUGCCUGACACCCAGGGCCCGGAGUGAGGAGGGGGCUUCUUCGGACUCGUUGGCCAGCACUGGGUCUCACGAGGGAUCCAGCAAAUGGGGCGGGCGGCCCCGGGGCUGCCCAGGCAAGGCAAGGGCUGAGACCUCUCAGCAGGAGGCCAUCAAGGGAGGCAACCCUGGUUCUUCAGCUCCGAGUCUUUCGUCUUUAAGGAGUGAGGACCUGCAGGCAGAGAUGCAAGGACGGAGCACCGAGCAGGCCGGGGGGGCGUCUGUGAAGAGGGGGCGUCUGGUUCCUGGCCUUUCUGGCUCCUGGGACUCAGAAGGAGCCUCUUCUACCCCUUCCACCUCCGCUUCAUCCCAGCAGGAGCAGAGAAGGCACAGAAGCCGGGCCAGUGCAACGUCCUCACCCAGCAGCCCCGGCCUUGGCCGAGUGGCCCCGAGAGGCCAUCCCAGCCAGUGUCGCUACUGCAAGGACACCCACAACCCGCUGGACUCCUCUGUAACCAAGCAAGUGCCGAGGCCUCCUGAGCGGCGAAGGGCCUGCCGGGAUGGCUCAGUGAAACAAUCUUCUGGAAGCUCAUUGAGCACCAGGACACAGGCCUCCGGGAACCUGAGACCUCCCUCCUUGGGAUCUCUUCCUUCCCAGGACCUUCUGGGAAUUAGCAGUGCCACUGUCACCCAUGCAGGACACUCAGAUUGUGCUUCUGGGGUCUCCCCCUACAACGCUCCCUCUGUCGGGUGGGCAGGGGACGCAGGGUCCAGGACAUGCUCGCUGGACCCCACACCACCUCACACAUCCGACUCCUGCUCAAAAUCUGGGGCUGCCAGCCUGGGGGAACAGGCCAGGGACACCCCCCAGCCCUCCUCGCCCUUGGUUCUGCAGGUUGGAUGGCCUGAGCAAGGGGCGGCGGGCCCCCACCAAAGCUGCUGCCACUCACAGGCUGGGACACAGUCGGCUGAAGAGGCCCAGCGGGGACCCUCCCCUGAGGCCCACUGGCUGUGUGGCAGGUACUGUCCCACUCCGCCCAGGGGGCGGCCCUGCCCCCAGAGGCGCUCUUCCAGCUGUGGGAGCACUGGCAGCAGCCACCGAAGUGCUGCCCGGGGGCCAGGUGGGAGCCAGCAGAAGGAGGGGACACACCAGGCUGUGCCCACACUGUCCCUGGGGCCCGGUUCAGGGGCAUCCAGGAGAAGCAGUGCCAGCCAGGAUGUGGGGUCUGGGGGGCUGUCCCAGGAGGAGACCUCAAGGAGUUGGGGAGGCCCGCAGGGGCAGGAGGAGGCCAGCGGUGUGUCACCCAGCUCUCUGCCCCGUUCGUCUCCAGAGGCUGUGGUCCGCGAAUGGCUGGACAACAUUCCAGAAGAGCCCGUACUCAUGACAUAUGAGAUGGCGGACGAGACCACAGGUGCAGCAAGGGGUGGCCUGAGAGGCCCCGAGGUGGACCCCGGGGAUGACCAUUCUCUGGAAGGCCUGGGGGAGCCAGCUCUGGCCAGACAACAGCGCCUGGAAGGGGACCCCGGCCAGGACCCGGAGCCAGAGGGAGCCCUCCCGGGGAGUAGUGAUGCUGGUCCCCAAUCAGGAGAGGGUGUCCCCCAAGGGGCAGCUCCAGAGGGAGUUUCCGAGGCCCCCGCAGAGGCCAGAGCGGACAGAGAGGACCCAGCCAGCUGCAGGGUGAGCCUGCGGGCACUUCCUGGUCAGGUGUCUGCCUCCACGCAGAUCAUGAGGGCGCUGAUGGGCUCCAAGCAGGGCCGGCCCAGCAGUAUGCCCGAAGUGUCUAGGCCCAUGGCCAGGAGACUCAGCCGCUCAGCCGGGGCCCUCAUUACUUGUCUGGCCAGUCUUCAGUUCUUUGAUGAAGACCUUGGGUCUCCUGCCAGCAAAGUGAGGUUCAAAGACUCCCCUCGGUACCAGGAGCUGCUCAGCAUCUCGAAGGACCUGUGGCCAGGAUGCGACCUUGGGGAAGACCAGUUAGACUCAGGCCUCUGGGAGCUCACAUGGAGCCAGGCUCUGCCGGACCCUGGGUCCCAUGCAGUGACGGAGAACUUCACACCCACGUCCUCCUCUGGUGUGGACAUCAGCAGUGGCUCCGGAGGUUCAGGGGAGAGCAGCGUACCCUGUGCCAUGGACGGCACCCUGGUCUCUGAGGGGACAGAGCUGCCCCUGAAAACCUCCAACCAGAGGCCUGAUCCCAGAACUUCUGAGAACCCAGGGGAUCUGGAAAACCAACAGCAGUGUUGUUCCCCAGCCUUCCUGAACUCCCAAGCCUGUGCUUGUGCCACCAAUGAGGAUGAAGCAGAAAGAGACAGUGAGGAGCAGAGGGCGAGCUCGAACCUGGAGCAGUUAGCUGAAAACACAAUGCAAGAAGAAGAGGUGCAAUUAGAGGAAAGUAAAGAAGAAACAGAAGGAGGAGGGCUGCAAGAAGAGGGGGUGCAGUUAGAGGGAACUAAAACAGAAGGGCUGCAAGAAGAGGGAGUGCAGUUAGAGGAAGCUAACGGAACAGAAGGAGAAGGACAGCAAGAAGAAGAGGUGCAGUUAGAGGAAAUUAAAGAAGAAACAGGAGGAGAAGGGCCGCAAGAAGAGGGGGUGCCGUUAGAGGAAACUAAAGAAACAGAAGGAGAAGGACAGCAAGAAGAAGAGGCGCAGUUAGAGGAAAUCAAAGAAGAAACAGAAGGAGAAGGGCCGCAAGAAGAGGGGGCGCCGUUAGAGGGGACUAAAGAAACAGAAGGGGAACGGCAUCAAGUAGAGGGGGCCCAGUCAGAGGAAACUAAAGGAACAGGAGAAGGACAGCAAGAAGAAGAGGCGCAGUUAGAGGAAAUUAAAGAAGAAACAGGAGAAGGGCUGCAAGAAGAGGGGGCGCCGUUAGAGGAAGUUAAAGAAGGACCAGAAGGAGGACUGCGAGAAGAGGCUCUUGAAGAGGGUCUCAAAGAGGAAGGGCUUCCAGAAGAAGGAAGCGUCGGCCGGCAGGAGUUGUCCGCGGCCGGCUCUCCGGAUGGGGAAGGCUCCCGGGAAGAUGACCCAAUGCAGGAGGAGGAAGCGGGAAGAGCCUCUGCAGAGCCGCGGCCCCCAGAGGGCACAGAGGAACCCACAGAGCCCGCUAGUCAUCUCAGAGAGACGGGCCCAAGCGCCAGCGAGAGUCCAAGUGGCUCCCAGCUUGAGCCUGGCUUGGAAAAGCCGCCCGGAGCCGCCGUGAUGGGCCCGGAGCACACGCAGGCCCAAGCCCCGCCGGGGGCUGCAGAGAGGAGCUCUUCGGUGGCCUGCGGAGCGGCUCUGGACUGCGACCCCAUCUGGGUGUCCGUGUUGCUGAAGAAGACGGAGAAGGCCUUCCUGGCCCACCUUUCCGGCGCGGUGGCUGAGCUCCGAGCGCGCUGGGGCCUGCAGGACAGUGACCUGCUGGACCAGAUGGCGGCCGAGCUGCAGCAGGAUGUGGCCCGACGCCUCCAGGACAGCACCGAGAGAGAGCUGCAGAAGCUCCAGGGCCGGGCGGGGCGGAUGGGGCUGGGGCCUCCCAGGGAGGCCCUCACUGGGGAGCUGCUCCUGCAGACCCAGCAGCGCAGACACCGUCUCCGGGGCCUGCGCAACCUCUCGGCCUUCUCUGAGCGGACCCUGGGCCUGGGGCCCUUCUCCUUUACGCUGGAGAAUCAGCCAGCCCUCAGUGCAGCCCUGGGGAGCCAGCUGGGCGAGGACGGGGAGGGCGAGGAGUUCUGUCCCUGCGAGGCCUGCGUGAGGAAGAAAGUGAGCCCUGCGUCCCCCAAGGCCACAAUGGGGGCAACCAGAGGUCCCAUCAAAGAGGCCUUUGACCUGCAGCAGAUUCUGCAGAGGAAGAGGGAAGAACACACCGAUGGGGAGGCAGCGGAGGUGGCCCCUGGCGAGACCUGCACAGACCCCACCAGCACCAGGACUGUCCAGGGAGCAGGCGGAGGGCCAGGGCCAGGGCUGGGCUGUGGGCCUGGAGUGGACCAGGGUGAGGAUGGCGAGGGAAGCCAGAGACUCGACAGAGACAAAGAUCCCAAACUGGGGGAGGCAGAGGGAGAUGCAAAGGCUCAGAAGAGGGAAGGGAAAAUCCACAACAGCGAAACCAGUGUGGGCAGCGAGCUGGGGGAAGCUGAGCAGGAGGGAGAGGGCAUAAGUGAAAGGGGAGAAACUGGGGGCCAGGGCUCUGGGCAUGAGGACCACUUGCAGGGUGAAGCUGUGGCAGGAGGUGACCAAGAUCCAGGACAGAGUGAUGGGGCGGAAAGCAUAGAGGCCCUGGAGGCUGAAGGGGAGGCCCAGCCAGAGUCAGAAGGUGUAGAGGCCCCAGAGGCAGAAGGGGAGGCCCAGCCAGAGUCAGAAGGUGUAGAGGCCCAGGAGGCAGAAAAGGAGGCCCAGCCAGAGACAGAAAGUGUAGAGGUCCCAGAGACUGAAGGGGAGGCCCAGGAGGCAGAAGGGGAGGCCCCCCCAGAGUCAGAAGGUGCAGAGGCCCAAGAGGCAGGAGAGGAGGCCCAGGAGGCAGAAGGGGAGGACCAGCCAGAGUCAGAAGUUGUACAGGCCCCAGAGAUUGAAGGGGAGAUGCAGGAGGCAGAAGGGGAGGACCAGCCAGAGUCAGAAGGUAUAGAGGCCCCGGAGGUUGAAGGGGAGGCCCAGGAGGCUGAAGGGGAAGCCCAGGAGGCUGAAGGGGAGGCCCAGCCAGAGUCAGAAGUUGUAGAGGCCCCAGAGGUUGAAGGGGAGAUGCAGGAGGUAGAAGGGGAGACCCAGCCACAGUCAGGUGUAGAGGCCCAGGAGGCAGAAGAGGAAGCCCAGGAAGCAGAAGAGGAGGCCCAGGAGGCUGAAGGGGAGGCCCAGUCAGAGUCAGAAGGUGUAGAGGCCCUGGAGGCUGAAGGGGAGGCCCAGCCAGAGUCAGAAGGUGUAGAGGCCCAGGAGGCAGAAGGGGAGGCCCAGCCAGAGUCAGAAGGUGUCGAGGCCCCGGAGGCUGAAGGGGAGGCCCAGCCAGAGGCAGAAGGUGUAGAGGCCCAGGAGGCUGAAGAGGAGGCCCAGCCAGAGUCAGAAGGUGUAGAGGCCCUGGAGGCUGAAGGGGAGGCCCAGGAGGCAGAAGGGGAGGCCCAGCCAGAGUCAGAAGGUGGGGAGGCCCUGGAGGCUGAAGGGGAGGCCCAGGAGGCAGAAGGGGAGGCCCAGCCAGAGUCAGAAGGUGUAGAGGCCCAGGAGGCAGAAGGGGAGGCCCAGCCAGAGUCAGAAGGUGUCGAGGCCCCAGAGGCUGAAGGGGAGGCCCAGCCAGAGGCAGAAGGUAUAGAGGCCCAGGAGGCUGAAGAGGAGGCCCAGCCAGAGGCAGAAGGUGUAGAGGCCCCAGAGGCAGAAGGGGAGGCCCAGGAGGCAGAAGGGGAGGCCCAGCCAGAGGCAGAAGGUGUAGAGGCCCUGGAGGCUGAAGGGGAGGCCCAGCCAGAGGCAGAAGGUGUAGAGGCCCCAGAGGCAGAAGGGGAGGCCCAGGAGGCAGAAGGGGAGGCCCAGCCAGAGGCAGAAGGUGUAGAGGCCCUGGAGGCUGAAGGGGAGGCCCAGCCAGAGUCGGAAGGAGAAACUCAAGGUGAGAAAAAGGGGAGCCCUCAGGUCAGUCUAGGAGAUGGCCAGUCUGGGGGGGCUUCUGAAAGCAGCAGCCCAGCCCCCGAGGACAGGCCCACUCCACCCCCUUCCCCAGGUGGAGACACUCCCCACCAAAAGCCAACCUUCCAAACAGGCCCUUCCUCGUCCAGAGCAUGCUCUCAGGGCAGCAGCUGGCGGAAAGACUCAGAAGACAGCCAUGUAUGUGGAGACAUAAGGAGCCCUGACGCCAAGUCCAUGGGGGCCCGUCAUGCAGAGAGAAAGGCCACCAGGAUGUAUCCAGAAAGUUCCACUUCUGAGCAAGAAGAGGCCCCUUCAGACACAAGGACUCCAGAGCAGGGGGCCAGGGAAGGCUGUGACCCUCAAGAGGACCAGACACUCGGAAAUCCCGCCCCCACCAAGGCAGUGGGCAGGGCAGACGGCUUUGGCCAAGAUGACUUAGAUUUCUAGACAAGAUCAAACUGCAAAAUGAUCAUGAGCUUGGGAGCUCUAUUUUUAUUGAUAUUUUUCCUACAAAACUGAGCAACGCUCAGUCUACUGGAGAUGCCCACAGCACAUGGACAAAGACCAAGGACUUGCCAAGGACACAGCCUAUGCCAUGCUGUCCCAGGAUUCUAAGUCCAGAAGCUUCAGAGAGCUCUGUGGCCCGUCCCACACGCAGUGUGAAGAAAGGGGGUCUGCGGAUCUGCCUGGUUAUUGGAGGUCAGGUCCUGUUCCCAUUCAUUUGUCUUCAGAGCCCGAAAGAUGGAACUGAUUAGAAAGGCUCCAGUUUGGCUUUUUGUGGGUUUGUUUUCUGCUAGCAAGUGUUUCUCUCCGUCUUUUCCCUAUUGAUCUCCUGUUACUUUUCUCCUUGGCCUCUGUUGGCACUCACCUCAUUUGACUUUGAGGUACUGUUUUUCUAGUCUUGAAUGUAUUUGGUGACUCUGCAGAAAUACUUGGGCAAAGCAGAUAACUUCAGAGUCAUUGGAUAAAGUUUGUUCUCAGCCCCAAA